AUGCGGAAAGAUGAGUACUUCCAGGCUCUGUGCUGCAGUGAGAAGCCUAUACAGGAAAUGCACAAAGUGAAGCAUUUCAAAAGUGGCAAGAUCCAGGAAGUGGAUGAUAUCCAUGAUAUUGAGUUUCCUUGUGGAGAUCCAGGAACCAAGCAGAAGCUACUGGACAAAAGAUUUGUGGUAGAGAUUGACCACAAGACACUGGAGAUGAUUGGCAAAAGCCAUUUGUCCAAUGAACCACCAAGACUGCAAUGUCCAUUGAUAAAGAUUCAAGGUUAUGACUGUGAGAUUAGAUACAAGCUUGGUAACUUGAUGGUCACAUCAGAUACACUUAGCAGAUUGCUUAAUUCAGCAAAAACAGAAGAUAGAUCCUUGGAUCAACAAUUUGACUUCAUUGACAUUGAACCUGAAGAUGUUCUCCGAAUUGAUCUGCUCAUAGCUCUGCUGCUGAUGUCGUCAAGCUUUGCUAAACCUUUCAAGCAGUCUAGCUUCUUUGACUUUGUGGGAGAGGAACCGGGAUCGGCAUCUGGACCAACUCCUGAGGUUCCUGUCGUCCACCGAUACAAAUGUCCACCCAGGUGUCGCUGUCACAUGAGUGUGGUGCAGUGUUCCAAUUUAGGUCUUGCGAAAGUACCUGCAUACAUUUUACCUGAGACUACUUUGCUGGAUCUUCAGAAUAACAAGAUCAGAGAGCUGAAGGAAAAUGAUUUCAAAAAUCUGAAAAACCUUCUGAUUUUAAUUCUUGUGAACAACAGGCUGCAGAGGAUCCACCCCAAGGCCUUUUCCUCACUUCACAAUCUCAGACGGCUGUAUCUUUCCAAGAAUCUAAUCAGUAGCGUUCCAGAGAACAUGCCAAAGACUCUUCUUGAACUCCACAUAUGUGACAACAAAAUUAACUAUGUGAAAAAGGAACCCUUUGACGGAAUGUCCAACAUGUUUGCUCUCGAAUUAAGUAGAAAUCCACUGAUGCCAAAAGGAAUUGAAAAGGGAGCCUUUCAAGGAUUGAAAAUGCUGUCAUAUCUCCGGAUUACUGAGACAGGACUUUCUGAAAUUCCGAAAGACCUGCCAAGUUCAAUAUCUGAGAUGCAUCUCGACCGCAAUAAAAUUCUCAAAGUGGAAGUGGAUGACUUCAAAAACCUCAGCACUUUGGUCAGGUUGAGGCUGAGUUCCAACAAAAUCAGGUAUUUUGCGAAUAAGACUCUCAGCCACAUGCCAAACCUCCAGGAUCUCCACUUGGACAACAAUAGGCUGUUCGCCAUUCCUCCAGGCCUACCACAGCACAAAAACAUCAUGGCCCUCUAUCUCAAUGACAACCAGAUAGCUCAUUUAAAAGGUGGUGACUUUUGUCCUCAGAUUGAUGAUCCAAUGAAGAGCCCAUACAGCAGGAUCAGCCUGUACGGGAAUCCUAUUCCAUACUGGGAAAUUGAGCCUGGAGUUUUCCGCUGUGCUUUAGACUGGAUAUUUAUCCAAUUGGAGAGACCCAACUAAAGCCUCAUUAUGAAUAAGGACUGAAAUUGGUGCCAGAUACCCAAUUCCAGAUCACUUACUUCCAUUUGAACAGUUGUCUUCCUUAAUCAAACUGCUGAAUAGCGAAUAUGAAAGUAAAAUAUAGCAGCAACAUUUUCCUUUUAC